AUGGGUUCCAACGAGAUCAGCCCUACCAGAAGGGCAAACAUGGCGGACCUAACUGCCGACUAUGCCGGAUACGCUGAGCACCCACGGAAAGGGACUGUGGCUCCCAAGUACAUGGGCACGGUGGUGGAUCAGCGAGACAUGAAUGCUUUGGGCCGAGUCCAAGUUCUUCGCUUUGCUAAGCAGUGUGCUGACGGACGGAGGCACGGCCGGGCUGAUAUGGGGCUUCCUCAUCGUCACCGCCGGUCCUCUUCUUUCAGAAGAGUAUCUUACCAGGCUAGGUCGCCAACCUCGGGUGGGCAAUACCAUUGGGUGUCUGAAUUUGCCCCUCGUCGGUAUCAGAAAUUCCUUAGCUACAUCACCGGAUGGCUUACCGCAAUCGGAUGGCAGUGUGCUAUAGUGACUAUUGCCAUGCUGGCCGGUACGAUCAUUCAAGGGCUGAUUGUCCUCAAUAACCCAACCUAUAACUUUGAGCGGUGGCACGGUACUUUGCUGGUCAUAGCAAUCACCACAUUCUCCAUCUUCUUCAACACAUUCUUAGCCAGGAAUCUUCCAAUGGUGGAGGCAUUGAUCCUGAUCAUCCACAUCGUAGGGCUCUUUGCCAUCAUCAUUCCGCUAUGGGUGCUUGCACCUCGUAACAACGCAAAGGCCGUUUUUACGGAGUUCAACAACGGCGGCGGAUGGAACAGCGAUGGCACUGCAACGUUGGUCGGCUUCUCAACUACAAUCACUGCGAUGAUAGGUUACGACUGCUCGGUCCAUAUGUCCGAGGAAAUCAAAGACGCUUCUCGGACGCUCCCCAAGGCUAUGAUGUCUGCGGUUGGAGUCAACGCGGUCUUAGGGUUCAUCAUGAUCAUCACUCUUUGCUUCACUCUUGGAGAUGUCGACAACAUCCUCGAAAGCCCGACCGGGUUCCCGUUUAUUCAAAUCUUCUACAACACAACGCAGAGCUAUGCCGCCACAAACACCAUGACGGCCAUCUUGGUGAUCACCUUGACGGCAAGUACCAUCACCGAGGUUGCCACGGCCUCGCGCCAGCUGUGGUCUUUUGCGCGUGACAGAGGGCUUCCAUUCUCGGAUUUCUUCGCCUACGUAACACCUGGCUGGAACAUCCCACUGAACUCUGUCCUCGUCUCCCUAAUCGUCACAAUUCUCCUCUCGCUGAUCAAUAUCGGCUCAACCGUCGCCCUAGCAGCGAUCGUCUCGCUCACGAUCACCUCGCUAAUGUCCGCCUACAUCCUGUCUAUCGGCUGCAUCCUGCUCAAACGGUUCCGGAACGAGCCUCUCCCUCACCGCCGCUGGUCCCUGGGCCGCUUCGGCAUGGCUAUCAAUAUCGCAGCAAUGGCAUUUCUUUUGCCGGUGUUUGUGUUUGCAUUCUUCCCACUUAUGGCGGAGGUGGACAAGCAGACGAUGAACUGGAGCGUUGUUAUGUAUAUAGGGUUAAUUACGCUGGCAUCAGUUUAUUAUAUAAUACGGGGACGGAAUCACUUUGUUGCGCCCGUUGCGCUGGUGAGGAAGCUGCGCUAG